GUUUGGCGGGCGGUGCUCGCGCGCACUUGGGACGGGGUUUGAAUUCCGCUCAGCCUCAUUCAGCUCCCGGAGACCGCGGGCUGUGCGCUGAGCGGAGAGGCCUGUGCUGCACAGGAUACUGCAUCUCAGCACCGCAGAGCGCAGGGGGACCAUGGAGGUGAAGACCCAGCUACCUGACAAAGGAGUCCUGCCUUCUCAGAGCCCUGCUUCUACUUCAGAGAAGCUCUCCAAAAAGAAGGGGAAAAUGCCAGUCAGAUUCCUGCCGGCCUGGAGCACGGAACCUGUGAUCUUCAGGGAUGUGGCCAUGUACUUCACCCAGAAGGAGUGGCAGCUGCUGGAGCCUGCUCAGAAGGACCUGUACAGAGAGGUGAUGCUGGAGAACUAUGGGAACCUGGCCUCCUUGGGGUAUCGGCUCUUCAAACCCAAGCUGAUCACCAGGUUAGAGCAAGGAGACGAGCCCUGUGUCAAGGAGAGAGAUGUCCCUCGAGCCCCCCAGCAAGGCGGUGCUGGGAUCAGCGAGAGCUGCAUCUCCACAGACAAGAAGACACAGCUUGUGCCGAAGACCACAUUUCCAAAGCCAGGCACCUCUACGAGGCCAUCCCUGGGGAAGGCAAAGGAAAUGGCCCAGAGGGGCGCUAGGACAGAAAGGACUUUGGAAACCGAGGACAGGCCCCUGAGGAGCAAGCAAAAAGCUGGCCCCAGGCUGGCCGCAGACUCGUGCAAAAAAAUCCUCCCUAGAAAGAAAAGGCAUGAAUCCACGGCCAUGACGAGAUGCCUGGGUCGUCCACCACCACCAACGACAUCCCAGAGCACCCCUCGAGGAAAGAAGACCCUGAAAAGAGAUAUUAAUGGAAAAACACAGGCGCCAGGCUUCCCAAGGCAUGGUCGUCCAAGAAUCCAAAGGGGGAAGGCACACUUUAAAUGUAAAGAAUGUGGGAAAACCUUCAACCAGACCCUCCACCUCAUUGAGCAUGAGCGGAUCCACACGGGAGAGAAGCCCCACAAAUGCGACGAGUGUGGGAAGUCCUUCCGGCACAGCUCCUACUUUUUCACUCACUAUAGGAUUCACACCGGAGAGCGGCCCUACAAGUGUAAGGAGUGUGGGAAAGCCUUCAACAGCAGCUCCACACUGAGCAGCCACCACAGGACCCACACGGGGGAGAAGCCCUUCAAAUGUGAGGAGUGUGGGAAAACCUUCAAGCAGAGCACGAAGCUCACUCGUCACCGGAGGGUGCACACUGGGGAGAAGCCCUACCAGUGCAGUGAGUGUGAGAAAUCCUUUGGCCGCAGCUCCUCCCUGACGGAGCACAAGAGAAUUCACACAGGAGAGAAGCCGUACCACUGCAAAGUGUGUGGGAAAGCCUUCAGAUGCAACUCUCACCUUUUCGAGCACCAUCGGAUUCAUCAGGAGGAGAAGUCCUACCAGUGUGAGCAGUGUGGAAAGUACUUCCGGAAUAGCUCCCACCUGUCGGAACACAGGAGGGUCCACCAGCUGGGGCCCCCGGAGCAAUGCCGGGAGUGUGGGAGAACCUUCCGGCGCAGGGCGGCCCUUCUCAAGCAUCAGAAAAGCCACACAGAGAACCAUACUUACCAGUGUGAGGGAUGUGGGAAGGCCUUGCGGUGUAAGUCAAGCAUUCAGAGACACCAGAGGAUGCAUGCUGGACAGAAGCCUUACGUGUGCUCUGAGUGUGGGAAAGCUUUCACCGACAGCUCUACCCUUACCAAUCACCGCAAAAUCCAUGCCACAGGGAAACUGCACCCAUGCCCCAAAUGUGGGAGGGCCUUCAAGCAGCUCUCGUCCCUGGUGCUCCACCAGAAAGUGCAUGCUAGAAAGGGACAGUGAGCUCCCUGUGUGAGGGAGCCUUCAGCCAGGACCCACGCCUUCGUAAUCCCCAGAGAAGUCACAAUGACAGAUGCAAACUGUGUGAGUGGAGAUUCCCUGCGCCUCUCAUCAGAGGUUCCCUAGCCGACCAGGGGUCCUCAUUCAGGGGACAGCUCUACGUGGCCCCCACCUGAGAUGUUUGGGGAGUGGCUGGAGAUAUUUUCGGUUGUCCCAACCUGUUGGGGCCACUGGCAGUAAUGGAUAGAGGCCAUUAAUCCUCUGAACCCUAUGAUGCGCCAGACACCUCCAUCUACAAGGACUGUUCCGGCCCCAAAUAUCAGUAGUGGCACUACGAGUAAUUAAAUUUGAGAAGGAAUUCAGGAAUAGUUUUCUGCGUGGUCCACUACAGUAACCACUAAACGGUGUGUGGCUAUUAACAUUUAAAUGAACCAAACAUAAAUAAAAGGUAUAAUGUUUUCUCAGCUGCACCCAGCCACGAUUCAGUGGCCAAACUCGCCGGCGGGUGCUGAAUCGAACAGCACAGAUAGAGAACAUACCCAUUGUUGCAGAAGGUUCUGGUGGGGCCCUGGCUUGGAUCUUUUAUCAAAAUUAUCAUGCAGCAUCGCCGCCAGGAAAGCGAGUGUGGGGUUCAACUAUCCAGGAAGGAAGACAGCACAGCCAAAUGUAGCGCUCCAUGAAUGGCUUUUGAGACUAUGUUGGCCCCCACGGAUGGUUCUGUGGGCACUCUGAUGUCUCAGGACUGGCCAGCAUCCUGCUCACAGGACAUCUCCUUCUGUCUGGAGCAGAACAGCCAAUAGAUCGCUGAAAAUGCUACUGAUAAAUGGCCAACAUUUCCUGAGCACCUCACCUGCCACACAUGGUGUUGAGCACUUUACACAGCCUCCUGGAAUUCUCUCUGGAGUCCUAUAAAAUAGGAACAGAUAUCAUCCCAUGUUAUAGCUGAGAAAAUGAGGCUCAGGAGAGCUUUUUUUUUUUUUUUAAAGAUUAUUUCAUAUUUUGCACAUGAAUCAAGAUAGUCCUGCUAUUUUUUAUAUUCCAUGCUUUCGAAUUCAUGUCAUUUGAAUUUUCACAAAAUGUAUCUUUAAAAAAAAGUAUAGGUGUUUACAUUUCUGUUCAGACUGCCCUUUUGGGCAGAGAGCAGCUUGGCUUUACCUAUGGCAGGAGCAGGCACAGAGGAGACUCUGGAUCAGGGGUGGGCAAACGAGGACCAACCCAGCCUGUGGCCUGUUUUUGUAAAUAAAGUGUUAUUGGCAUGCAGCCACGUAUUGUCUAUGACUGCUUCCAUGCAAAGCCAAGUAAUUACAACAGAGACCGGAUGGUCCAUAAAGCCUAAAAUACUUGCUCUGAGACCCUUGGCAAAAAAGUUGACUGAUCCCUGCUCUGAAUAGCUGACAAAUUGAAAUGAAUGAGGGUGAAGUGUGGGAGUGGUUAGCAAAGGAAGAGAUAAACCCUCCAACUUUUGUGACUGUGACUCGGAGUGUAAAAGAUAUUCUGUAUUGCA